UGUCCAAAAAUCAACAUGUCUAGCAAAAAGGCAAAGACGAAGACCACCAAGAAGCGCCCUCAGCGUGCCACUUCCAAUGUAUUUGCAAUGUUUGAUCAGUCGCAGAUUCAGGAAUUCAAGGAGGCCUUCAACAUGAUCGACCAGAACAGGGAUGGCUUCAUUGACAAAGAGGACUUGCACGACAUGCUCGCCUCCCUUGGUAAUGUCACUUCUAAUCCAACGGAUGAAUACCUAGAUGCCAUGAUGAAUGAGGCUCCAGGCCCCAUAAACUUCACUAUGUUCCUCACAAUGUUUGGUGAGAAGUUAAAUGGCACAGACCCAGAAGAUGUAAUCAGGAAUGCUUUUGCUUGCUUUGAUGAAGAAGCAACAGGGUUCAUCCAGGAGGACUACCUGCGAGAGCUGCUGACGACAAUGGGAGACAGGUUCACAGAUGAAGAGGUAGAUGAGCUGUACAGAGAGGCACCCAUCGACAAAAAGGGGAAUUUCAACUACAUUGAAUUCACGCGCAUCCUGAAACACGGAGCAAAAGACAAGGAUGACUGAGCAAAUCUCCUGAUACCUGCAGAUAGCUUCCCCCUCCCCACCCCCCCCCC